AUGCCUCAAGGUGAUUAUAUUGAAGCUCAUAUUAAAAGAUAUGGUCGUCGUCUUGAUUUUGAAGAAAGAAAACGUAAACGAGAAGCUCGGGCAUUUCAUAGGGGAUCUGAGUAUGCAAGAAAAUUGACAGGAAUUAAGGCAAAGAUUUACAAUAAACGACGAAGACAUGAAAAAAUUCAAAUUAAAAAGACUAUAAGAGCACAUGAAGAAAGAAAUGUAAAACAAAGAGCUCCUAAUGUUAUUCCAGAUGGUGCAGUGCCUGCAUAUCUCUUAGACCGUGCAGAUGAAAAACAAGCUAAAAUACUUUCAAAUAUGGUGAAGCAAAAACGAAAAGAAAAGGCAGAGAAGUACAGUGUUCCUCUUCCUAGAGUUCGUGGAAUUUCCGAAGAAGAGAUAUUUAAAGUUAUUAAGACUGGGAAAAGUAAGAAAAAGUCAUGGAAACGUUUAAUUACAAAAGCAACGUUUGUUGGAGAAGGAUUUACACGGAAACCUGUAAAAUAUGAGAGAUUUAUAAGACCUAUGGCUCUUCGGCAAAAGAAAGCAAAUGUUACUCAUCCAAAGCUUGCUGUAACUAUGCAGUUUCCAAUUCUUGGUGUAAAAAAAAAUCCUCAAUCUCCUAUGUAUACACAACUGGGUGUUCUCACAAAGGGAACGAUUAUUGAAGUAAAUGUAAGCGAAAUGGGUCUUGUAACAUCUGGUGGGAAAGUAAUAUGGGGAAAAUAUGCUCAAAUAACGAAUAAUCCUGAGAAUGAUGGGUGUGUUAAUGCAGUUUUACUUGUAUAA